AUGAAUAUAUCAGUAGUAUUGUUAGUAGUUUUGGUGGUGAUGACAUCGGUCGAAGGAGUCGAACGUCGGCGGCCGCUUUAUCGUCGGGGUUCUACAACUACCACAAUCAGCCCGUUGACAGAUGACAGCGAAGGGUCGGAGAGCAAGUUCAAGCCGAACGGCAAAGACUUGUAUACGGUAAGCGAUUCAUAUCCCAUUUUGGGCAGUAUCGGCGCUGGUGGGGUGCCUGGAAACUUUAAAUCAGAUGGCGACAAGCUGACGUCAUUUUCUGAGUACACGUUUGGCAGCACGAAACUCUCUAACAGCGGUUCCGAUGGUGGUGUGCUGGAAGGAUCGAGCUCGGACGAAGAGUCCAGUUUCAACAACUUUAAGAAUCACAAAAAGACCUCAAUUCUUCCCACGACCAACGCCAGCAACAAAGACAGAAAACCAAGCAGUGGGGCGUUCGAUUUUUUGAAUGGUGAUUUUGGCAAACCUAAGCUGACGACUAGCGGAAAUGCGCAUCUGCAAGAUUCGACCUCAAUUGCUGGGCUAGGCGGCAAGACGAAAACGUCCUCGGCAAUUUCCAGCAAAUUUUCAAUUUCGCAUCCGACUCCGAGCAGUAGUAAGGCGGCCGGCAAACUGGCUCACUUGGACGACUCGACGGAAUACGACGUAUAUGCUAGCCUUGGACAUGCCGCUGGAAAGACCAAAUUAGGAGCAUCGGGCAAACACCGAGGGUCUAGUAGCACGUUUCCUUCGGUCGCCGGAAGCUCGUUCGGUUUCGAGGGCAAGGUUAAGAAGGUGCCGUUCAAGUAUGAGGACGGAGGAAUAGGGGCGCUCGCCGGCAAGGGCAAACAGAAACCGAAGGUGUCAAUUGACGAUGACACGUUCGGCAGCGCAUCUCUUGCAUCCACCAGUAACCACUUUACCGGACUGGGAAGCUUCGACAGUGGCAGUUUCGGUGCGGGCAACAAACAACAGCAGGGUGGCCCAAGUACAUCCAAGAACAAAUUUAACUUUGCCGAACCGCCGCCACUGGUAAAAUCAACGCUCAACACGCUCAAACACUUUGGCGAGGGACUAAUAGGUAAUGUCAAUGCGGCUGGCCGAGCACCAUACGAACUCGAUAGUGAAGAGAAUUACAAAUUCGGUUCCUACUUCGGCAAGGGUCACUAUGGUGCCGAGGAAAGCUUCGAAAAUUCGGCAGAGCCAUUACCUAGUAAAAGCAAAUUCCCGAAGCUUGGGAAUGCUGGAGCUACCGGAGUCGGUUCGGCCAAUUUGGGAAACAAAUUCGCCACCGAUUUUGACGUAAAAAACAUCAAGCUCACAAGCGAAGGUGGCACGUUUACUAACAUUGGACACAAACUGCCAGGUACACUGACCAAGAACACUUCACCACACCACAAACUUCCCCAGUCGACACAUCAUCUGCCGCAUCACCUUCAACACCACCAACAGCAGACGAUUCCGCACCCGGGGCAGUCACACGCACACCUACACCCGCACACGCUCGGCACUACCGGUAGCAUUGUUAAUCCUAAUCCUCUCGACUUUCGGCCAAAAUUUAAACUACAAGAUGUCCCCAAUUUGUAUCCCGCCGAUCAUCUAGGUGCCGGUAUAGCGGCCAAGGGCCAGAUCGAGAGCUUCCUCAACUCGGAACAUGCACUGAAGGACGAGUCUCUGGUGGCGCAGUUGCUCGGCGACGGUAGUCCGGCUGCCCGUCCACACUACCAUCAAUUUCUGAAGUCGCAGGAGGACGAAAAGCUGGAGAAGGAAGCGUUGCGGCAGCAGAUCGAGUUCCUGAAGGCACAAGCAGCGAAGCGUCCGGUCGACCUCGGAAAUCCUAGCCGCCCGCCUAUCGUGUCGAAUGCUCAGAAGUUCCGACCGGUUCGUCGCAUUCCCUCCCACGUUCGACUUGGCGUAAAGGCUCCUUACCCACUGCCCCGUAUUCCACACUAUAACGACCGUCCAUAUAGCAUCAGUUUCAAGAUAUAA